AUGUUGAGUAAAUUUUUAGCUUUGAUUUUACUACUCUUGUCAGUAGAUGCCAUCAAUGUUGGUUCUUGUUCCAUCCUGAAUGUCAAUAAUGGUUAUCAUGUUGAUUAUAUUGAUAAUGAUUUCAACGAUUGUGGAGCUGGUCCAGAUAACUACACUGCUUGUCUUGACUAUCUUUCUGUUAUUGAUUCAAAAACAGCAUCAGUUCAAAUGGAUAACGUGAAAAAUCUUACCUUCCAAUUCGCUGCUGGUCAGGGUGAUGUUCCUUCUACCCCAUCAUAUCAAACCCUUUAUGGAAAAACUGUUAAUGUCAAUAACUUCGGGUUAAGAAUUACAGGAUAUUUUUAUGCUUCACAAACUGGUGAAUAUAAGAUCACCUUCAACCAUAUUGAUGAUGCAGCUGCCUUAUAUUUCGGGAACAAUGAAGAUUUUGACUGUUGUAGCGAAAUCACAGAAGCUGUUGGUCCUUCAGCUGCUUUGAAUGGUUUAUUCCCAGCCGCUGAAUACAAUUACACUGUCACGUUGCAACAAGGAUAUUAUCCAAUGAAGGUGCUUUAUGUUAAUUAUAGAGGAAAUGCCAGAUUCCAAAUGACUGUUGUUUACCCUGAUCAAACCCUGAUAACUUCCGAUAAUUUUCCAGGUGAUUCCCCAACCAUAGAUUCUACUUGUGUUGUCGAAACCACCACUAUCACUUCCACCUGGACUGAAACUUUCGGAACAACUUAUACUGUCACUCCAACCGAAACUGGUAAUGUCACAGCUACAGUUAUAGUUGAACUUCCUCCAUUAUCCACAACAACCAUCACAGGUUCUACUCCUACUACCUAUACCACUGAAAUCACCACUGGUUCAGUUCCUACUACUGAAGUCGUUGUUGUCACUACUACUCCAAUAUU